AUGCAAUUUUGGUGCUUAACACAUGUGAUACUUUACAGGGAAUUUUACAAAUCUUCAUCCUAUCCGAAGAAAGGACUGUCAGGACGACUUACUGAUUUUCCAUCAGCACCAUCAAACUACCUUCCGAAACUUGUUGAUACACCUUUGAAAGAUGAAAUAAUUUCUUCUGUUAAUUGUAUAUGUGAUAGACCAGCUAGCCACAUUGUUUGCACAAGAUGCGGAUUUGAACUCGUUGGACGUCUUCAAAAAGUUUGUCCUAAUCAUCCAAAAAAAUUGGCCUUAAUGGAUCAUCGUGAAUGCCCAAAUAGGCUAUGCAAAAGUAUUCAUUUGAUUGAAGUAUCACUUCAACAUCAAUAA